AUGUCAGUCCUCUCACGCCUUUUGGUCCUUGUCGGGCUGCUGUCGCUAUUCCAUGCGGCAUACUCGGCUCAUGAGUUCUCGACAUUGUCCACCAAGCUUCACAAAAAUGCCACCCUGCCACUCGACAUCAAACUGGAGACCCUCAUCUCUGUAUUUCUUGCCUGUUUCGGUCUUGUCCUCGGAUCGGAACCGUUGAAGCCGGUGAGCUGGAGCGCUUGGGCCGGGAAGAUCGAGAAAGAAGGUGGACCUAAUCCAUUCCGAGGCUUUGAAGAACGAGUGGGAUUCAUGAACAUCAGGGCCCAACGGAAGGAAUUUGCCAACUGGGCUCGUCAUGAAGGACAAGCUCCGAAGAGAUAG